AUGGAUCGAGCAUUGGGUCGAGGAGGAUCAGCGGAUGCAGUAUUUGCCAGGAUGGUUAAUUCUUAUAUUAACAACUUGCACCAAAUUACCGAGAAUUCUUCUUCUAACCAGGUGGAUCAUCCUGAAAAUAAUAAUAAAGCAGAUCCUUUUCUGCAAAACUCAUCUUCGAAUUCCCAAUUAUCACAACCAAUGAUUUCUGAAGCUUGGGAAACUCUGAGGCUCUCCUUGGUGAAUUUUCACGGCGUUCCUGUAGGUACAAUUGCUGCUUUGGAUACUUCUGAUGAGAAACUUAAUUAUGAUCAGGUGUUUGUUAGAGACUUUGUGCCAAGUGCUUUGGCUUUCUUGAUGAGCAAGGAACAUGACAAUAUUGUUAAAAACUUUCUGGAAAUGACUCUUCUGCUUCAAUCGCGGGAGAAAUUUAUUGAUCGGUUUCGUCUAUCAGCAGGUGUAAUGCCAGCUAGUUUUAAGGUUAAACGUGAGCCAGGAAAGAAUAGGGAGUCCAUGGAUCCUGACUUUGGUGGAUGUGCAAUAGGGAGGGUUGCUCCUGUUGAUUCUGGAUUUUGGUGGAUUAUAUUGCUUCGCGCAUAUACUAAGUCUACAGGAGACAAUUCCUUGGCUGAUAGUGCUGAGUGUCAAGAGGGUAUGCGCUUGAUUCUGACUUUAUGCCUUUCAGAAGGAUUCGACACGUUUCCAACUCUACUAUGUGCUGAUGGAUGCUGCAUGAUUGAUCGUAGAAUGGGUCUAUAUGGUUAUCCAAUUGAAAUUCAAGCACUGUUUUACAUGGCUCUGAGGUGUGCAUUGCAUUUGCUUAAGGAAGAUAAGGAGGGGAAAAAGUUCAGGGAACGAAUUGUGCGACGCUUGAAUGCUUUAAACUUUCAUUUGAGAAGCUAUUUUUGGUUGGAUUUAAAGCAACUCAACGACGUAUAUCGAUACAAAACAGAAGAAUACUCACACACAGCAGUAAAUAAGUUUAAUGUGAUGCCUGAUUCUCUACCUGAUUGGAUAUUUGAUUUCAUGCCUCGUCGUGGUGGUUAUUUCAUUGGCAAUGUAAGUCCUGCUAGGAUGGAUUUCCGUUGGUUUUGUCUUGGUAAUUGCAUUGCAAUUCUGUCAUGUUUGGCUACUUCAAAACAAUCCAAUGCAAUCAUGGAUCUGAUAGAAUCGCGUUGGGAUGCAUUAAUCGGAGAAAUGCCUGCAAAAAUAUGCUAUCCAGCACUUGAAAACCAUGAGUGGAGGAUCACAACAGGUUGUGACCCCAAAAAUACUAGAUGGAGUUACCAUAAUGGAGGGUCUUGGCCAGUUCUUUUAUGGCUUCUUACCGCGGCUUCGAUCAAGACGGGAAGGCCACAUAUUGCGAAACGUGCACUUGAUAUUGCUGAGACCAGAUUGUUGAAGGAUAAUUGGCCUGAAUAUUACGAUGGAAAGCAUGGCAGGUACAUUGGGAAGCAAGCUAGGAAAUGCCAAACUUGGUCUGUUGCUGGAUACUUAGUGGCUAGGAUGAUGCUGGAUGAUCCAUCACAUUUGCGUAUGGUGACUUUUGAUGGAGAUAAACUACUAAGGCCUCAACAUAGAAGAUCAAAUUCAUGGUGA